CCACGUGACUCAGCUACGUUCAACCCAAGGAUCGAAAACAUACGGAGAGACAACGGUGCAAAGGAGCAUUUGUUCUUAUUUCUUCCAAUACAGUAAAAUAGUUUUAGCAUAUACUAGUCCUAUUGAAAAAAGGCAUCAUUAUGUAUUUGCCAUAGUACUUCAGUAGUUAUCUGAGAGUUGCUAGAGGCUGGAUGUUGCAGUAUGGUCGAAUAACUUUGAGGUCAAGCACUUACUUCCGAAACGCUCCGUAAUUAUUUGGACAUAAACGUCGUAAAUCAUACCCACAGAAUAGUGCGAUGCUUUCAAAGUACGAGAAAGAACUACUUGUUAUAAUAUGGGAGAAAAUGAUGCCAGUAGCAGAGGAUAUUGGUUCUGAAUCUCUCUUAAGAAUGUUUACAACAUUUCCGAAGACCAAGACCUAUUUUGCUCACCUGGACAUCAAACCCAGAUCGAAACAGAUGCUUUCUCACGGGAAGAAGAUUGUGUAUGCGUUACAUGAGGGAGCGAAAAACAUCGGCACACUGGCCUCAACGCUGGCCCCGCUGAGCAGGUUCCAUGCCUACCAGCUGAGAAUAGAUCCCACUAAUUUCAAGCUUCUUUCCCACUGUAUCCUGGUAACGCUGGCAUGUCACAUGAAGGAUGAGUUCACCCCAGUUGCACACGCUGCCAUGGACAAGUAUCUUUCGGCAUUUGCCGCUGUGCUGGCGGAAAAGUACAGAUGAGGAUUUCGCAAGGGACUGCGAUUAUACAUGGGUUAACUGCUCUUUAUUACUAAUCAGAAGAUGUGCUGCCAAUUUUUGUAAUAAAACGUUUCGAAAGAC